AUGGCAUCCAGUCCAUUCUAUCGUGGCAUGACCGUGGGCAUUAUGGACGGCGUGAACGAACCGGAUAAGAGGGCCACUCGGCUUGAAGAUUUCUUUGGCGGUGGUGGUGACAUGGCAGACUUUGAGGUUCCAUCACCCAAUAUAAUUCCUGCGGAAGGGGAUCCCUCUAGUAGUCAAAGCACGUCCGACAAGAAAGCCAAGACCCUUCACGGAACUCCACCCCAUCCCAAGGCUCCGCAAGCCCUGAAGCUCUCUAAGAGAGUUGCUUUUGCCGGCCUCCCAGUGAUAGUUGAGAACCAGGAGACUGUGGCAGGUCCUAAGGAGCACGUAGAGCAUAAAGAAGUAGCCGCAUCACAGCUGCAUGAUCCAUCCAAGAGCAGCCCCCUAUCACGGCACUUUGAAGCAUACUACAAGAUCCAACUAGGUCGAAACGAGGAUAUACCAGUGUGCAGGAUAAAACCGGCGGCCUUCGAAGAGAAUCCAGCGGUCCUAGACCAGAAACUGACCUCUGUCUUGUUAUGGACCCUAUCGGGAUCCGACGAUAGAGUCCCUAACAAAAGCGAAGACCAGGUGAAGAUAGUCCAUGCGAUUGUGAGUGAAAAGUUCGUUAAAGGAAUUGGAGGGUACGAGAUGCCCAAGCGAGGCGUGUUCACUAUAGUGUACGAAUUCAUGCCAGUAUCUCUCGCAGAUGUAGCGGCGUCCCGUAAGGUUCGUGGUUCCGAACUGGCCUAUAUCCUGAAACAGAUCCUGGGCGGGCUGUUGUACCUUGAGGGACGUGAUAUGGGUAACGCAGAGUUGGAUUGCUCCAACGUGCUGCUUGAUACGUCUGGCGAGGUCAAGAUUUGGGGUCAGCAUUUCUGUUCCUCUGGGACAGCCGAUAACUUGGUCGCCGGUUUCUGGAGAAUAACAGUAGAGCUCAUGAAUGGCUAUGUGAAGGAAGACGUGCGAGGGGACCAUCUUGACUACGCAAAGUGGACGGCAUACCCAGAAGCUGUCGACUUUUACAAGUGUCUGGAGACUUUGAACAACGCUACAAGUGAUGGCGUACGUCUGUCACCCACUAAGAGCAGCACAGGUCGUAGCAGGUUCGAGACCAUCAAAAAGCAUCCAUUCUGGGCCACGGCCUGCAGACCUCACGAGGUUGGGGUACUUGCACAGCUUGUUCUGUACACAAAUCGAUGGGUAGAGACUCGCGGCUACGGGAACGUGCCUAAUAACCUGGCGCGAGUGAAAUCGUAG